UGAUGGCCCUGCAGCGGCCAGCGCUGCCUGGCACAGGGACAGGGCUGGCAGCACACGCGGGAGGCGGGCGUGCGGGCCGAGGGGGAGGAUGCUCGCCACCAAAAAGAGCUCUCAGUCCGCCUCGUGCAAGCCCGGAGAAGGCUGAGAGCCCACGGGCUCCAGCCCCUCGGACUGGAAUCAGCGAGCCGAUGAUGGGAUGCAGAGGGGGGUGUGAAGUCUCGCCCCGGUGCGAGCCGCCUGUCUGACACAGCUGCUCUGCGCUGGCUGCCGGAGCAAUGAGCCAUCGCUGCGGGGACAUGCAGCCCCGGCCGUCACCCCGGGAAGGUCUCUUUCCCAUCCUCUCCUUCCCGUCUCCCUGCUCCAGCAGCUGACUUCUGGGGGAGUUGGUGUGUUCGCAGCGCUCCCCAGGCCGUCUGGGGAUGGCCCCGGGCGGCGGCGGCAGCUCGCUGACCUGAAACCCAGCGUGUGCCAUGCCCGGGACUCGCUGCUUUCACUCACCUCCCAGGGAGCCUUUAAAGAGACACUGGGGAGCUCAGCAAGCCAGGGAGGCUCUUCCCUGGGGGGCUGCCCCGGUGCCCUACACACCGCCCAUUCCAAGGAGCAAGAUGGAGCUGGAUCGCGUGGAGGGAGACUGCGAGGGCAGGGGGGCAUAGUCUGCCCAGAGCAGGGUGGCACCGCUGCUGGGGCCCUGCUCGGCCUGAACGCCCUCGGCACGGGACCGCCCGGGACUCCCCAGCUCGGGGGGCUCGGCCCCAAAGGCAGCGCUCGCCUCUUGGGCAGCUUCGCAAAGAACCGGGGUAGCCCAGGCCGAGUGGGGCCGGUACCCCCACCGCGGCUCCCGCAGCCAACCCGUGAGCUCUCCCGGCUGCCAAGGACUUCCAGCAGGGAUGCUUUUUGGGGGAUAAAUCCUCUCUCCGGUGACUAAUUACCUGUUUGAACAAGGAGAGCCCCAUGGAGGAGGUGCUGGAGGUGCAGUGAACUGCCUUCUUUUGGCAUUAACGACCUGCAAAGGGAGAAACUUCAAGAGGUGGAACCAGCUCCUGCUCUGCUGAUCAUGGUCAACAAGACCUUAAAUUACUGGGGUCCCAGUUUUGAGGAGGACGUUAUCAACAUCAACGUGGGGGGUCUGAGGAGGCGGCUCAGCUCCAGUGCCCUCUCCAAGUUCCCUGACACGCGCCUGGGGCGCCUGCUCUCCUGCGACUCGGAGGAGUCCAUCCUGCAGCUCUGCGAUGACUACGACGUGAGCGCCAGGGAGUUCUACUUCGACAGAAACCCCGGCUUCUUCCUCUACGUCCUCCACUUCUACCAGACGGGGAAGCUGCACGUCAUGGAGGAGCUGUGCGUCUUCUCCUUCUGCCAGGAGAUCGAGUACUGGGGCAUCAACGAGUUCUUCCUGGACUCCUGCUGCAGCUACCGCUACCACGAGCGCAAGCUGGAGAGCCGGCACCACAACUGGGACGAGGAGAGCGAGGUCAGCAGUGUGGACACGUCCCCCGACGAGAUCUCUGACAUCAACCACGACCUGCUGCGCUACAGCACGCUGCGCUGCGGCAACCUGCGCAAGCGGCUCUGGCUCACCAUGGAGAACCCCGGCUACUCCAUCCCCAGCAAGCUCUUCAGCUUCGUGUCCAUCAGCGUGGUGCUGGUUUCCAUUGCCACCAUGUGCAUCCACAGCAUGCCCGAGUACCAGGAGGUGGACGAGAACGGCAACGUGCUCGACGAGCCCAUCCUGCACAAGCUGGAGUAUUUCUGCAUCUCCUGGUUCACCUUCGAAGUGUCCUCCCGCCUCCUGCUCUCCCCCAACCCCAGGAAGUUCUUCAAGCACCCGCUGAACCUGAUUGACAUUGUCUCGGUGUUGCCCUUCUACUUCACCCUGCUGGUGGACGUGACCAUGGGCAGUGACUCCGAGCUGGGCAACCUGGGCAAGGUGGUGCAGGUGUUCCGCCUCAUGAGGAUAUUCCGAGUGCUGAAGCUGGCUCGGCACUCCACUGGACUGAGGUCACUGGGGGCCACCCUGAAGCACAGCUACCGGGAGGUGGGGAUCCUGCUGCUCUACCUGGCCGUGGGGGUCUCUGUCUUCUCUGGAGUGGCCUACACUGCCGAGAAGGAGGAAGACGUCGGCUUUGACACCAUCCCCGCGUGCUGGUGGUGGGGCACGGUCAGCAUGACCACCGUGGGCUACGGCGACGUGGUGCCCGUCACGGUGGCGGGGAAGCUGGCUGCCUCGGGCUGCAUCCUGGGGGGCAUCCUGGUCGUGGCGCUGCCCAUCACCAUCAUCUUCAACAAGUUCUCCCACUUCUACCGCAAGCAGAAGGCGCUGGAGGCGGCCGUGAGGAACAGCGGCAAGAAGGACCGCGAGGAGGUGGAGAGCGUCUCCAGCCGCGACCGGGAGGACUCGGAGGCCCUGAGCGAGACCUCCCUGGGCAGGGGCAGCCCUGACCGCCGUGGCCUCACCCCCGGCACCCACCCCAGCCCCUGACCCACCCCCCGUGGCAC